ACUCUAACCACAUCCAUAACUUUUUCAAACGUGAAAUCGAGUGUUCAAAGUUUAAAUUUGCCGUGUCUUUGAAUCACCCCAGCCCCCAUAAUGCCCCGAAGAACAGGAAUUCGACGCCAGUUUCAGUUCGGUUUCAACAUGUUCCCGGAGAUUCCGCGGCCCUUCAACAUGAUCUACAAGUGCCAUUCGGUGGCAAUGUUGCCGGGAAAUGAAAGACAGGACGUGGAACGCGGCGGCAAAAUAAUAAUGCCACCUUCGGCCCUCGAACAACUAACCCGGCUCAACAUCAACUACCCAAUGUUGUUUAAACUCACCAACAAAAAAACGAACAGAGUGACGCAUUGUGGGGUCUUGGAGUUCGUGGCGGACGAAGGAAAAGUGUACUUACCUUUAUGGAUGAUGCAGAAUAUGGUGCUCGAAGAAGGGGACAUGGUACAAAUGGAAAGUGUGUCGUUACCGGUGGGCACAUUCUCAAAAUUCCAACCUCUGUCGCCCGAUUUUCUCGAUAUUACGAAUCCAAAGGCCGUCCUUGAGAAUUGUUUGCGUUCGUUCGCUUGUCUGACUACAGGGGACGUGAUAGCCGUUAAAUACAACCAGAAAAUUUAUGAAUUGUGUGUCCUUGAGACGAAGCCUGGGAAUGCCAUCAGUAUAAUCGAGUGUGACAUGAAUGUAGAAUUUGCUCCACCGGUGGGCUACAAAGAGCCACAACAAGAGAAAAAAGAAGAUGAAGAAAUGGCUGUGGAUCCUGCUGAUCUCAUGCCUGAGCCCACAGGUUUUGUUGCUUUCAGAGGCGCCGGAAACCGACUAGACGGGAAAAAGCGCAAGGAUUCAGCAACGAGUGAUAUCAUCCCGCCUAAACCCGUCUACGUCCGAGGUAUUCCAGACUAUGAUUAUCAAAUUGGAACGCUGCGGUUUAUACGGCGAUCCACUAAACCAGGAAAGGAGAGCGAGGAAUCUAGUCAGUUCAGGGCUUUCAGCGGGACUGGAUUCAGCAUGAAGGGUUGAAACGAAAAUCUGAAAUUGUUGUUUAUUGUUUAGCAUUAAAAAAAAAAACGAGCACGUAA